AAUGGUCCUCUAUGGGUUAUGUGGCAACCCUGGAUCCAAUUUUUCAAUCCUGUUAAUGGAUUAUCAGUGGUUGUUUUCACAGCAUAUUUGUUUAGCCAAUUAUGGGAUACACAUGUGCCUGGGGGCUCUGCUCCUCCUCUUCGUCCAAAAGCGAUUCAACCAUCAAAUUUGUACGGUUUCCUCCCCUCACCAACCAUGCCAGAGUUAAGCGAUGGGCCAUGCUUUGCGGGCGGCAAGGAUUCAAGGCUAAAUCAGUCACCAAAUAUUCAUUCAUCUGCAGUAAGCAUUUCUCGCCAAACGUCAUCUUGAAUGCCAAGAGAAAUGUCAACCUUGAACCUUUUUCCGCCCUACCCACAAAACCACGAAACCCAGGACGCAAAUCCCGUGUCAAUAUCAAUCUGGCCACCAGCACCUCCUCGGCCACCAGCACCUCCUCGGCCACCAGCACUAAUGCCUCUUUCAACGACAACAAUAACAGGCACAACCCUUGUUAUGUCGUGAACGAAAUUGACUUUAGAUCUCUUGACUCCGCUAGUACUACUAAGAUUGGUACAAAAGAUUGUGCCAUUCAAGUGGAUAUGUCCAAUUCAAAAAUGUUCACUCUUUUCAAAAAUGAAAUCAUCAUUUUGAAACGCACAUCAGUCAGCCUUCGAAAUUGCCCUACUAAUCCUCAAUCCAAAUGUUCUCGAGAGUUCGCCCUAAUAACCGAGAGUGAUGGUUCCAUGAGGUCAUUUAUUGGUUUCAACAAAGCCCAAUUUUGGAUCUUAUUCGAGUUCUUAUCACCUGACAUAUUUAACUUGAAAUAUUGGGGUCAAGGAGUAGAAUCUGAAAGUCGAAGAAAAAUCAUUCCCGAAGAAAUGCAACUCGUUUUAACGCUAGUUCGGCUUCGUCAAGGAACUACAAUCUGGGAACUGAGCUUGCGUUGGGGGAUUAGUGAUCGCGUCGUCUCCGAAAUCUUUGUGACUCUGGUUCAACUAAUGUAUACCAAGUUUGGCCUCAUGCGCCAGAGUAUGUUCCCUCCAAGGGAAUGUCUGACAUAUCCUCCCUCGUUCAAGAACACUUACCUUAGGAAUUGUCGAGUCAUCAUUGACUGCACGGAAUUCCAUUGUGAAUCUGCUUCCAACUAUCAAGCUCAAGGAAACUUGUUUUCUCAUUACAAAAGCCACACCACCCUCAAAGUCCUCAUCGGGGUUAGCCCAAGUGGUGCUUUUAUGUUCUGCAGUCAAGCUUUUGAAGGAGCCAUCAGUGAUAAAGCCAUCGUCUGUCAGUCUGGAUUUCUCCAGCACAUAAAUAAUGGAGAUGUGAUUAUGGCUGACAGGGGUUUUACCAUUUGGAAAGAACUGUCAGAAGUUAACGCUACCCUAUUGAUUCCUCCUUUCACGCGACAUGGCCAGGCUCUGUCAAGCAAUGAAUUGGCGAAGACCAAGAUCAUUGCUAGAUCACGUAUUCACGUCGAACGGUUCAAUGAAAGGAUUAAAAACUACAAAAUUUUGCAAGGUGUAAUUCCUGCAACCCUUUUCCCCAUUAUAAGUCAAAUCAUAUUUGUUGCUUGUUGCUUGGUGAAUUUUUUGCCACCUUUAUGUGCCAAAUAAAUGGAUUGCUCAUUAACUAUAAAGCUCUGUUGAUGGAACUUGACUGCUUUAAUGCAAAUUAAUGUUGAUAACGUCCCGGAAAUCACGCAGAUAAAUGUUUAUUUACCUAGCUUUUAUAGCUAGCAAUUUGGCUGCAAGCUUGUUUUCCACUUGUCAUCCAGAACAAUUGCGUGGCAUGUGGGACAAGGCCCACUCAAACGUGAUUGUAAUCCUUAUCACAAUUACAUUAAUCCCAGCCCUUUGGACGGUACCUUAAAAUUCAGGGUACGUCUGAAGU